ACGCGCUCUCUCUCAAACUCGCAACGUUAGGGUUCCUUUUUGGUUUUCGAACAUGGGGAGGAUGGAGAGGCAGAAGGCGAAACUUGAUCUCGACGAAGACGGCAAAACAGAUGAUGCUCGAAAGUCUUCAUAUUCGGUGGUGGUAUUGAGCAGCAGCGACGACGAGGAAGCGAACGAGGAUCUGAGCCUGAAGAUCGUCGAGAAGGCCUUGUUAACGCGUGCGUCAAAGCUGGUUGCGGAAGAUACUGUUCCGGAUGGAACUCAAGGCUAUAAUGGUGGCGGUGGAUCUUCUGGUGUUGUCACUCUGUCUUCCUCUUCUGCGUUGGAAGAAGAGGUUGUUGAAGUCCCCAGUGGCAGUGACGGAAUUGUUGGUUCGGUUACUGUUAAUUUGGGGAAAAGGAAGGUUGUGAAGAGGGAGAGGAGGAAAAAGAUUAAGAAGACGGCAACUGCAGAUAAGACUGUCAUUGUUGCAAAAGACGAAGAGAAGGAAGAGGUGGUCAAUGCCUCUGAUCUUGUUGAGUUCGUGGAACCAAAUGCUGUUGAAAUAACUGACAACAUUGUGUUCCGGAAGCUUCUUCGGGGGCCAAGGUAUUUUGAUCCUCCAGAUAGCAGUUGGGGAACAUGCUUUAAAUGUGGGGAAGAAGGUCAUUCAACAGCGAACUGUACGACAGUUAAGAGAAGGAAGCCAUGCUUUGUUUGUGGGAGUUUAGAGCACACGGCAAAGCAAUGUUCAAAGGGACAAGAUUGCUUUAUCUGCAAAAAUGCUGGCCACCGAGCUAAAGACUGUCCAGAAAAGCACAAGGGUGGUUCUUCAAGUUCAAAAGUUUGUUUAAAAUGUGGGGAUUCUGGACAUGAUAUGUUUUCAUGUAGGAAUGAUCCUUCAACUGAUGAUCUCAAGGGAAUACAAUGUUAUAUCUGCAAGAGAUUUGGCCAUUUAUGUUGUGUCAGCUCUGCUAAUACUAGCCAAAGAGUAAUUUCUUGUUACAGAUGUGGUCAAUGGGGCCAUACUGGCCUGGCAUGUGCAAAGGUUUCUGGAGAAGCCAGUGGUACAGGUUCACCUGGUUCAUGCUUCAAGUGUGGUGAAGGGGGACAUUUUGCCCGUGAAUGCAUGAGUAAUGUUAAAGCUUACAAGAGGAGUAGGAACAUUUCAGCCCCAACUCUGCGAGUUCACAGAGAAGAGAAUGGCUACUCAGAACUCAAAUCUAUUCCUUUUGAUCUUGGCAAGGUUCGUAAAGGGAAGAAAACCAGAGAUGAAGGAAAAGGUGUUACGACACCACAAAAAUCAAAACGGAAAGGUGGCUGGAUACUGGAGGAUCCUGGAGACCUUACUACACCCCAAAAAUCAAAACGCAGAGGUGGCUGGAUAGCAGAGGAUCCUGGUGAUUACUUGAAUAGAAAAUCGAAAAAAAGCUUGAGGUCUCCUGCAACACCAUCGACUAAGGGUCAUAAGAUCUCUUCUUUAAGUGCUGAUGGUCACGCUUCAAGUUCUCGAUCAUCCAAUAAAGCAAUCAAGGUUCAUUCUGGAUCUUUGAUGUCCGAAGGACCAUCCAAGGCCUAUCGGCCCAGAUUUUCAGCAUCAAGGUUUGGCAACUUUGGCAGCGAUGGGCUGCAGAGAAAUCAUGGUUGGUGAAAGGAACCCAAUUUAAUCUUUGAACAACAGCCACAGGGAGAGAGAAAUCUUUCGGCCCAGAUUUUCAGCAUCGAGGUUUGGCAACUUUGUCAGUGAUGGGAUGCAGAGAAAUCAUGGUCGGUGAUAGGAACCCGAUUUAAUCUUUAAACAACAGCCACAGGGAGAUAGAAAUCAGAGGUAAUUGAGGAUUAGGUUCCCCCCACCUUGUACUCUUGUAAGUUCCCCAUGUUAUGGUUUAUAGAUAUUUAAUUUUUAUGUUGGUUUAAAGGCGUUGGUGCACACCCUUCGAUCUUAUGUACAUGCACACAAGCAUGUUUCAUUGCCCAACUAGUGAGGAGCACUUGUGUUGUAAUUUGAGUUCAAAUAAUUAAAACUCGCAAUGCUUCUUUCCAUGAGCAUUGUUGCUUCUGCAUUA